GUGGGAGGCUGCUCUUUGGUCUACCUGGGCGGAGUCUCGGCUGUGCUAAAGUGCAAUGGGACAAGCCUCAUUAACUGUACUGACUGGUAUAUUAAACCUAGGGUAAGAAUAAAAACACUUGUAUUGAAGUUUGGAUUCACACUUUGAUGAGCAUGGACUUGACAGCUGAGAGUCACUCCAUUCCUCUGAGUGAUGGAAACAGCAUACCUUUGAUGGGACUGGGAACUUAUGGGGAUCCCGGCACGACCCCUAAAGGAACUACAUACGAAUCGGUCAAAGUGGCUAUUGAAACUGGGUACAGACACAUUGAUGGGGCUUUGGUCUAUUUCAACGAACAUGAGGUGGGACAAGCUAUAAGGGAAAAAAUUGCAGAUGGAACUGUGAAGAGAGAGGACAUCUUCUACUGUGGAAAGUUGUGGAACACAUUCCACCCCCCACAACUGGCACGACCUGCUUUGGAGAAAACCUUGAAGACAUUACAGCUGGAUUAUGUUGACCUCUAUAUUAUAGAGAUGCCCACAGCCUUCAAGCCAGGUGAUACAUUUUACCCCAAGGAUGAGAAUGGGAAGUGCAUUUAUCACAAGACAGAUCUCUGUGCUACAUGGGAGGCUUUGGAGGCUUGCAAAGAUGCUGGGCUAGUAAAGUCUCUUGGAGUAUCCAACUUCAACAAGAAACAACUGGAGUUGAUCCUUAACAAACCUGGGCUGAAACACAAACCUGUGUCAAACCAGGUUGAAUGCCACCCCUAUUUCACUCAGCCAAAGCUGCUUGAGUACUGCCGGCAGAAUGAUAUUGUCAUUGUGGGAUACAGCCCCUUGGGGACAUCUAGAGAUGCAUCCUGGGUAAACCUAAAAUGCCCCCCACUGUUGGAAGAUGAGCUCCUUAUGUCAAUUGCUAAAAAGUAUAACAAGACCACAGCCCAGGUGGCCUUGAGGUUCAACGUGCAGAGAGGAGUAGUGGUCAUCCCAAAGAGCUUCAACCCUGUUCGUAUAAAAGAGAACUUUCAGAUAUUCGACUUCUCUCUUUCUGAGGCUGAGAUGAAGGCAAUUGAGGGACUGAACAAGAAUAUUCGUUUUGUGGAGCUCCUCAUGUGGUCUAAUCAUCCAGAGUAUCCGUUUCAUGAUGACUAUUAGACGCCACAGAUGUCAAGACUUCAUUUGAAUUUGAUAACAUAAGUUGGCUUGUUCACUUUGUUACGUUUUGUGCUUUCACUUGAAAAUAUUUUGAUAGCCCCUUUAUUGCACAUUUGAUGAAAUAUACUUUCCUUUAUUGAUGUGACUUUAUUAAAGCAGUAGAUCUGAUUAUUUCAGUAAAGUCUGUCUGUAUUGGACCAGAA